AACACAGCAUGCAGUGGGGAAUGCGUGCAGCUACCGGGAGCCAGGCACAUCCAGCUGCUCACUGCACCCAAUGGUGCCAGUCAGGGACGCGGGGCUAGGCAAGGCCAUCAGGCAUCCCGCCAUGGGGGCAACGCCGAUGCCAGGGACUGGGGAGCCUCCACUGCGCGGGUGGGCAGCCACGGGUGGAUGGAGGGGUCCCAGCGUCCUGCUGGCCCUACUGCUCCUCCUGUGCCCACUGCCUGCUCCAGCGUGUCCCCACACCUGCCACUGCCAGGCAGGGGAGGUGGACUGCCACCAACGUGACCUGCACGAGGUGCCGCGGCUCCUGCCCACCAAUGCCAGCACCCUCUGGCUCGACUACAACCUCAUCGCCGUGCUCAGGGCCCAUGCUUUCCCCUCCCUGCCGGUGCUGCUGCGGCUCAGCCUGACCCAUAACCGCUUGGAGAAGAUCCACAGGCAGGCGCUGCUGGGACUCGGGACGCUGCAGGAGCUGGACCUCAGUGACAACUACCUGUCUGUGCUGAGCCCCGAGACCUUCCUGCCCCUCACCAGCCUGUCUAUCCUCAAUUUAGGCUACAACAGGCUGGAGCAGCUGGAGGCAGGUGUGCUACCUGCCCUGCCUCAGCUCCAAGUGAUCUUCCUGAAUGGGAACCCCUGGAUGUGCUCCUGCAGCAUCCUGCCCCUCUGGCGCUGGCUGGAACACAACAGGGAGAAAGUGCCAGAGAGGAGUUCUCUCCGGUGCAUGUUCCCAAAGUCACUGAACACAUACCCGAUCAUGGCCUUUGGGAAUGAUUCCUUCCAGCAGUGUCAGAAGAUCCCGCUGUCAGCCCAGAACUACGCUGCCUUUCUGCUCAUCGGUCCCUUCUCCUUCCUGGCCAGCAUCUUCUGCUGUACCUUGAUAGGCUCCAUCGUGGUCAUUUACCAGCAUCUACGCAAGGAACCCCAAAGCUGGAGGAGAACCCUCAGCACUGGGUGUCACUGAGUCAGGGCCACCAAGGGCAGAGGGGACUUUUUGCUGAUCCUUUUCCUCUGGCUCACCCCCUCUUGCCUCAUUCCAUGCAUUUGAGUGUGUCCCAUUUACCUCCUUGUGUCUUUCAGUGCUCUCAUCACCCUCCACCCUGCAUUCAGUGACUCUCAGCAAUCCUUCACACAUCCCUCCUGUCCUAUGGUUUGGUUUUUGGUGCAUCCACAUGCCAUCUGUUUGGCUUUAUGUGUGCCCCAGAUAUCUAUGGGCCUACCAGUGCAUUUGAGGACCUUUUGGGGCAACCCAGAGCCUCCAUCCAUGUGGCAGAUGGAAGUAGAAUUGUAGAAUCAUGGAACCAUUUGAGUUAGAAGGGUUCUUUAAGAGCAUUUGGUCCAAAUCCCCUGCAAUGAACAGGGACAGCUAUAGCUCCAUCAGGUGCUCCGAGCCCCAUCCAGCCUGAUCCUGAAUGUCUGUAGGAAUGGGGCAUCCACCACCUUUGGUGGUGCUUCUUUUUGUAAAAAAAAACCUUUUUCUUAUAUGCAAAAGUACAACUGGGGUGAAGGGGGUAACUCUCACAGAGGAGAAACAGUCCCUGUGCACUGCAAGGCAAUGGGAGCCACAGUGAGAUGCCUGUGAACAUCAACCUUUCUCCACUAGCUCCAAUGGCAUAGAAAUGAUUUCCUGCCUGUGCAAGAGCUGUAGGACAAGCCAGGGAUGUGGCCAAUGCAUCCUUUGGCAAGCUUUUGGCAGAAGUUAAAUAAGUCAUACAGAGAAUAAACUAAAUGUAACCUCA